GAAUUGGAUGACCGUUUGUACGGGUUUUUUAUCUUUUAAAUUUUGAUAUCGCAUUUUAUAUACUCAUACACGAGAUACGCGAGGUGUCUGUUAAUUUUUGAAGUAUUAAAUGCAGUUAGUUUUGGUUAAAAAAAAGGUUACUGUAUGUUAAGUCCUCCUCUCUCGUUUAGUUGAUGGGUGAUUUUUCUUCGGUUGUAUGCGAACUUAUUGAUACGGUCUUGUAAACAAAUGUUAUAUAGGUAGUGUAACGCGGUGUUGUUGAAUUGAACGGUUUUCAGUUUUUAUUAUACUUUCGGAAGUGAAAGAGUGCGAAUCCAGAAUUGAGAUCGAUUUUAUUUCGGUUUGGAAUUGAUAUUUCAAUUGCGGUGUUUUGCGGUUUUUUGUAGUUGAAACAAUAAUCUGGUUAAUAAACUCUUGACUCUGUAGUCAUCGUUUUCUCUGAAGGAUAACCAAUUUUAUUAAGCAAAAAUGGCGUCUGGAGUAACCGUAUCAGAUAUUUGUAAGACAACCUAUGAAGAAAUCAAAAAGGAUAAAAAACAUCGCUACGUCAUCUUCUACAUCCGUGAUGAGAAGCAAAUCGAUGUGGAAGUAGUUGGUAAUCGCGAUGCCGAAUACGAUUCAUUUUUGGAAGACAUCCAAAAAGGUGGUGCUGGUGAAUGCCGAUACGGUCUCUUCGAUUUUGAAUACAUGCAUCAAUGUCAAGGUACCUCUGAAAGUUCCAAAAAACAAAAGCUUUUCCUGAUGUCAUGGUGUCCGGACACAGCUAAGGUUAAAAAGAAGAUGUUGUACUCUAGCUCAUUCGACGCAUUGAAGAAAUCAUUGGUGGGCGUACAGAAAUACAUCCAAGCCACCGAUCUAUCCGAAGCUUCCCGGGAAGCCGUCGAAGAGAAAUUACGCGCCACCGAUCGCCAAUAAGUUUCUAAACACUUUUUUUGUUUAAUUUUUUUCUUUUUUUAAUAUAGUUUCCUCUUUCAAACAAACAAACAAAAAUACUUUUCUUUUUUGAACGGAAACGAUGACCCGAAAAACAUUUUUUUUAUAUCAAACGCACACACAUACAGAGGAGGAACAACAUUUAUAACCGAGAUAAUUUCGAGUAAAUGAAAAUGAAGGAAAAAAAAUAGUUUCGCGCGUCCGAAAAGAAGUAUAAAAAAUAAUCCCUUUCAAUACCAUGAUAAAUAUUCUAAACAUCAAAAUAUUAAAAACAGAAAGAAAUUGCAAACAAACCCAGAAGCUUUUUUUUAUAAUUAAAAUCUUAAAUUAUUUAAAAUGGAUGAAUUUCAUUUUGGUAUUUCUUACAGUUUCAUUUGUGUUUCUUUUCUUAUAAAUGGAAUUUAUGCAUUUUCUUGUGACUGGCACACAAUAGAUUUCUUUUUUGUUCUAAUUUAAUUUCACUUUCCUUUUGAAUAUUUCUUUUUUUUGUAAAUCGAAAAUGUUUUCCUUUUUAAAUUGAACAAAAUAAGAAACCGAAAAAGAGAAAAACAUUUUUUAUUUAAACAAUCGAUAAACAUAACAAUACAUCAUGCACCUCUACAGAAGACACAAAACAUUUUUGAGAGAUAAAAUUUAAUUCUAAUUUAAAGCGUAAAAAUUGUCAAAUUUUCAUAACGAAAAGGAAAAAUAAAAAGAAUGAAAAACAAAACAAAACAAACAAACAAAAAAGAAUGUUUCACAAUAAGAAUUUUUUUUAUAAUAAAAAUUUGUAAUUUAUGAUUUAAUUGUAAACUAAUUGUCGCUAAGAGGGGUGUAACAAUAAAUAAAAACAAGUCAAAAUGAGUCAUAAAUAAUUCAAA